AUAUGAGCUUUACCCACCUGAAUUCACACCCCCAUCACCAAAGGUGAAGAGCAACUGUUUGGAUUGCUCAGCAUCUGGAAAUGAGGAGGAGACAGACACCAUGAAAGAAGCACGGCAUCUUCUCCGAUGUUCAGCAUCAAAGCUGCCACCACAUAUGCGUGGAAGGUAUUACAUCCCACUGGGGUUGUCAGGAUUCAGGCACUCUGUGGACAUACCGUGGACUCCCCUAGAAGUGGAGAAGGUUUUCAGUAUCCUGCCACUGUCGGGUGAGCUACAGCCGGGAGAGAGACAGGAGGUCUUCUUCACCUUCACUGGCCACCUCAACACCAUUGCCCAUGUCACAGCGCUGUGCCAUGUGGAAGGAGGCCCCACCUAUGAGGUGGAGCUGACCGGGGAGGCCUCACGCAUCAGCUACUCCCUGAGUGCCCGGGAGAUCAACUGCGGCUCCCAGAUGUUUAAUGAAAUUCAUCACAGCACAAUCACCCUGGCAAACACUAGCAAGAUUGGAUUCAACUGGGUGCUAAAACCCAGCACUGCAGAUCAAGAUCUGCCUGGUGUGUUUCUGGUCCAGCCCACCACU